GUACAGGUUGGGAAAGAUUCUUUUGGGAAUGAUUAUGUUGAAAAUUUGAAGAAGAAUGGUAUUUCUACAGGAUUUGUAGGUCAGACUACAGAUGCUGCUACUGGAACUGCUUCAAUAAUUGUCAACAGUGAAGGACAGAAUGUUAUUGUCAUAGUCCCAGGAGCCAACCUGCUUUUAAACUUUGAAGACCUGAAGAGGGCUUCUGAUGUCAUCUGUAAAGCCAAAGUGCUUGUUUGCCAGCUAGAAAUAACCCCUGCUGUUUCUCUUGAAGCUCUGAAAAUGGCACGUGCCAGUGGAGUAAAGACUUUAUUUAAUCCAGCUCCAGCCCUUGCUGACCUAGAUCCACAAUUUUAUACCCAUUCUGAUAUCUUCUGCUGCAAUGAAACUGAG